CUCUAACGCACUCUCCACAUCUUUCCAGCACUUCAAAACUCUCAUGAGUGCCUGCAGCUGACAAACUCAGACAAACUUUUCAUUUUUGGUGAGCUGAUCCAGGACAUUCCUAGACAGCUCAGUUCGGCUUUCAGCCACAGCAAGCUGCUUUUUCUCUCUUUUUUUAAGGGAUUAUUGCUCUUAUUUUAAAACCUUUUUUUUAGUCUUUUUUUUUCAAUAAUUCAGUAUUUUAAAACAAGGGGGGAAAAGGGCAGCUCCAUUCAUCCAGGAUGUCUUUGCCUCUGCUGAGUGGAAUUGUAGUGCUCUUCUUGGGGAUGGUGGCACGAAGCUCACUCACUCCGGUGUCUCCAGAUGGGCACCCCUCAGUGACCGACUGCCCUUCGUGUGCCCUGGCGAGAAUGCAAAAGGAUAUGCCAGCCACCUCUCAGCCUGACAUGGUAGAGGCUGUCAAACAGCACAUUUUGAACAUGCUGCACUUGAAGAUGAGACCAAACAUCACCCAGUCUGUGCCCAGGGCAGCCCUCCUGAAUGCCAUCAAAAAGCUGCAUGUAGGCAAAGUCGGUGAGGAUGGCAAUGUGGAGAUAGAGGAUGAGAACUCCAACCGGGCAGACGUGAGUGAGCUGGCUGACCAGACUUCAGAAAUCAUCACUUUUGCUGAGGCAGGUCCAUCCCGAGAUAUUGUGCAUUUUCAGAUAUCCAAGGAAGGCAGUGAUUUAUCUUUGAUAGAACAAGCAAAUGUGUGGCUAUUCCUAAGGCUUUCCAAGACUAACAGAAGCCGAGCCAAAGUGACUAUUCGGCUGUACCAGAAGAGACAAAAUGCAAACAAGACAGGAGCAGAGAUUAUGGUAUCAGAGAAAGCUGUUGACACUCGAAGAAGUGGUUGGCACACAUUGCCAGUAGCUAGCAUUGUCCAAGCCUUGCUAGAGAAAGGCCACAACACCUUAGAUCUGAGGAUAGCCUGUGACCAAUGCCAAGAAGCUGGCGCUACCCCAAUUCUUGCAGAGAAAGAGGAGAAGGAACAAUCUCAUCGACCCUUCCUCAUGGUUGUAGCAAGACAGUCAGAGGAUCACCCACACCGGCGACGAAAGAGGGGUUUGGAAUGUGAUGGGAAGAUCAGUAUCUGUUGCAAAAAGCAGUUUCAAGUCAGCUUCAAGGAUAUUGGUUGGAAUGACUGGAUUAUUGCACCUUCAAGCUAUCAUGCAAACUACUGUGAAGGUGACUGUCCUAGCCACAUAACAGUCACUUCUGGCUCUCCUCUCUCUUUUCACUCAACUGUCAUCAGUCACUACAGAAUUCGGGGUUACAGCCCCUUUAACAGUAUGAAAUCUUGCUGUGUGCCUACCAAAUUGAGGGCAAUGUCCAUGUUAUACUACGAUGACGGACAAAACAUUGUUAAAAAAGACAUCCAAAACAUGAUUGUAGAAGAAUGUGGCUGUUCCUAAAAUAUGCAAACAUAUGCCAUGAACGAAUAUACAUAAAUGGUGAAAUUAUUAUAAAAACAAUCACUUCAUGUGGACCUAGAAACAUUGACAGACUGAACGUGGUGUCGGAUUUGGAGGCGCCUCGUAAUCUGCUGAUUAUCUGUCACUUGAACCAGCCUGUGGCACUUUCCCAUUUGAAAGAAAAAAAAAUAUAUAUAUAAAUAUAAACAUAUAAUAUAUUUUUGUUACAAAUAAGCAACAUAAAGAGGGGGGCAAAAGAGAAAGAGAGAGAGAGAAUAUUUUUGCUGCAAGUAAUGCAGCAUUGACGGUCAGCACUGCACUGCAAUAAAAAAAGUUUGUGUUGAUAAGGUGCCUACGGUUUCGAAAACUAUGCAACCUGUCAAUUUUCUUUUUUUUUUUUUAACUGUUUACCUUUUCAAAAAAGAGGAAGACUUUUUUUUUGGAAGUAAAUGUUUAAUCUUUUUUGUCAUUGAGAGAUACUUGAAAGAAACAUGUUUGACCAGCUGCUGGAGCCAAACACUAUAUAAUUAUUUUGUUGUUGUUAUUGAUAUUGUUAUUUGUAUUUUUAAACGUUCUGAACGUUGACAAUUUGCACUAUAUCGACAUUUCUGCCUAAUUGUUAUUUAACAGGUAGUGGAAUAGAGGUGAGCUGCACUUAAAUGUGAGCUAAACAAACCUGUACAGCACACAAAAUAAUAAGACGAGGGUUGGGUGAGGAGGGGGGUUGUAGGGAAACAACUUUUAAAACUUUUUUUUUUUUUUGGUUCUUUUAACAAAAACACCAAAGACUUUGUGUGAGUGUUGUGAUUGUAAUCAGACAGUUCUUCACAAAAUGACUUGUUCAGUCAGGCUUUGGUUGAAAGAGAUCAACGAUUUAAAACCCUGAUUCACUAUGCCACCAGGAGCAUUGAGUUCUCCAAAUGUAGUAAAACACUGUUGAGGAGGCUGACAAUAAAUAAAAAGCACUUCUUAUCUUUUUGGACUCUGCCAGUCAUGUGCAAAACCACAUAUUGGAAAUAAAGUAAAGAAAUAUUCAAUAAUGGACAUUCUUUACCCUACACUUAAAGCCAGUUAAGAGAUUUAGCCAGUAAUAUAAUGUGUUGCCACAGCCUUGUGCAUUGGUCUUUUCUAAUAUGGGAAAAAAAUGACUCUUCCUUUUGUUUCACAGAGGAUAAGAACAAACAUAUGUCUUUGACCAGGUUUUUCCUAAUUUAAUUACUCUAGUAUAACAUAAGGUAAAGCCACCCCAGCCAGCUACUAGAAAAUACGCAGAGUAUUUCGGCAAAUGCUUCACAUAUCUUGUCAUUUAUUUAGCCUGCACGCAGUUGGCCAUGGCAUAUCCACACACACAAACACACACACACACACACACACACACACACUAGUGUCUUUACUUGUGGCUAUCAGACUCCCAAGUUCCAACUUGUCUUAAAAGCUUUUGUGUGUGUAUAGAGCAACAAAUACUGUACCUGUGUACAGUGUCCAACUACAAGCAGCUUGACAAGAUUUACUAGAAAGUCUCACUUUGUACUAAUAUAGUCUGGGCUUGACCAAGGUUCAUUAACAGGCACAGCAUCAAAACACAAUGAAAUGGAAGCUAAAGUGUUUGAACUAAUAAAAUGAAAAACAACUUUAUUUUUUAAUCUGUAUAUAUCGACAUGCUGAUAAAUUUAUGUUGCAUUGCUUUGUUGUACAAUUCAGAACAAGAUGUGCUUGUGGCUAUGUUUUCUAUCUAAUUUAUUUUACUUUUUGGCUUCUUUAUUAAAGCUUAAGGGUUGUACACUA